GCGCGGUGGUGUCGGAACAGAGCACGGAGAGCGAGAGGAAGGAUCAGGCGUUCCUUCGGACAGCCCGCGCCGCGGGUCCUACGGCGCAGCAUUCCCCCCCCCCUCGGCCCACGUGGGUGGAGGUUUCCAGAAGAGCCGUGGCCGCGCACGCAGCUGCUGUCGCCGCCGCUCCCGCCGCUCCGCCAUGCUCAGCGCGCGCCUCCCGCUGCUCCUGCCGCGCGGCGCCCCCGGGCCCGCGCACCCGGGGCUCGCGCAGACGUUCUGGAAUGGCCUCAGUCAGAGUGUUCUCAGAGCAGCAUCCAGCAGAAAAUACGCCUCAGAAGCAAUUAAAGGUGCUGUUAUUGGAAUUGAUUUGGGUACAACGAACUCCUGCGUGGCAGUUAUGGAAGGAAAGCAAGCAAAAGUGCUGGAAAACUCGGAAGGUGCCAGGACAACACCUUCGGUUGUUGCAUUUACCUCCGACGGCGAGCGCUUGGUUGGGAUGCCAGCGAAGCGGCAGGCGGUCACCAACCCACACAACACCUUCUAUGCUACCAAGCGGCUCAUCGGGCGGCGCUUCGAUGACCCCGAAGUGAAGAAGGAUAUUAAGAACGUUCCAUUUAAAAUUGUUCGUGCCUCCAACGGUGACGCCUGGGUAGAGGCUCAUGGGAAACUCUAUUCUCCCAGCCAGAUCGGUGCCUUCGUACUAAUGAAGAUGAAGGAAACUGCAGAAAACUACCUGGGACAUUCAGCAAAGAAUGCUGUCAUCACAGUCCCUGCUUACUUCAACGAUUCUCAGAGACAGGCUACAAAAGAUGCUGGGCAGAUCGCUGGCUUGAACGUUUUGAGGGUGAUUAAUGAACCAACAGCAGCUGCACUUGCCUAUGGUCUGGACAAGUCUGAAGACAAAGUUAUUGCAGUCUACGAUUUGGGUGGCGGCACUUUCGAUAUUUCCAUUUUGGAAAUCCAGAAGGGAGUCUUUGAGGUGAAGUCUACCAACGGUGACACUUUCUUAGGUGGAGAAGAUUUUGACCAGGCUUUGCUACAGUAUAUUGUUAAAGAGUUCAAGAGGGAGAUGGGUGUUGACCUGACUAAAGACAACAUGGCCCUUCAGAGGGUGAGAGAAGCAUCGGAGAAAGCAAAGUGUGAGCUUUCCUCAUCUGUGCAGACCGAUAUCAACUUGCCGUACCUUACUAUGGACGCCUCUGGACCAAAGCACUUGAACAUGAAGCUGAGCCGCUCGCAGUUUGAGGGCAUCGUAGCGGAUCUGAUCAAAAGGACGGUAGCGCCGUGCCAGAAAGCCAUGCAGGAUGCUGAGGUCAGCAAGAGUGACAUCGGUGAGGUCAUCCUCGUCGGUGGCAUGACCAGAAUGCCAAAGGUGCAGCAGACUGUACAGGAUUUGUUUGGCCGUGCUCCUAGCAAAGCAGUUAAUCCUGACGAAGCCGUUGCUAUCGGUGCAGCUAUUCAAGGUGGUGUGUUAGCUGGUGAUGUUACUGAUGUCCUCCUGCUGGAUGUGACUCCUCUCUCCUUGGGGAUUGAGACGCUGGGAGGUGUCUUCACAAAGCUCAUCAACAGGAAUACCACCAUACCUACGAAGAAGAGCCAGGUGUUUUCUACAGCUGCUGAUGGGCAGACUCAAGUGGAGAUUAAAGUAUGCCAGGGGGAGAGAGAGAUGGCUAGUGACAACAAACUUCUUGGCCAGUUCACAUUGGUUGGGAUUCCUCCAGCGCCGCGUGGAGUGCCCCAGAUUGAGGUCACUUUUGACAUUGAUGCAAACGGUAUCGUGCACGUGUCAGCAAAGGAUAAAGGCACUGGACGUGAACAGCAAAUUGUUAUCCAGUCUUCUGGUGGUCUUAGCAAAGAUGAAAUUGAGAACAUGGUGAAGAAUGCAGAAAAAUAUGCAGAGGAAGACAGGCGAAGAAAGGAACGCGUGGAAGCUGUGAACAUGGCUGAAGGCAUCAUCCACGACACGGAGUCCAAGAUGGAGGAGUUCAAGGAUCAGCUGCCAGCAGACGAGUGCAACAAAUUGAAGGAAGAAAUUGCUAAAAUGAGGGAACUUCUGGCUCGUAAAGACACUGAAACGGGAGAAAACAUCAGGCAGGCAGCAACCAGCCUGCAGCAGGCUUCCCUGAAACUCUUUGAAAUGGCAUACAAGAAGAUGGCCUCUGAACGAGAGGGUUCUGGAAGUCCGGGGGAUCAGAAGGAGGAGAAGCAAUAAGAAGUCUCUGUCUUGCCUUGACUAGAGUAUGAAGAAGAGGUCGAUUUUCUUGACGCUUGGGAGAGAAGGGACCUUCCUGAGCAGCAAUGGGCAGAAUUCAGACUUACUGUGUUUUUGCAGUAUUCUAUAUAUAAAAUUCUUUAAUGUAUAAACUUAGUGAUGUGUCUGCUAGAUAAAUUGUCACUUGAUGAAAGUUAAUUCAUGCCAGAGGAAGUUCAAAGUGUUUGGCCCCAUGGUAUUCGACCGAGGCGCCUGGGGACUCGCUGAUCAUUUCUUUCUGAUACUUGACACAAUGGUGUACUAAAUCUGAUAUCAAAGUUUGGAAACCAUGUCGCUAAAUCCAGGGGUGGAGGUGGAAGGGACUGGGAGGAAGAUAACACCUGGACUGUGUGUCACUUGUGGAUCUGAGUACUUGUGAGCGGGUGACAAGGCUGGUGACAUCUGCAGCGGGGUUAGUGCCCUUGUUCUGCAGGAGAAGGGCAAAGUUAGCCAUAACAUUCUUCCUUAGAAAAGAGGCUACGUGGAAGUUAAAUCCUUUGCUUGUAUGAGCCUUCUGCUCCAUCCUGUGUCUGUUCUCUGCUUAUGGUAAGACAAUUUACUUGAUAAUAAAACUGUUACUGGAUCCAUUCUGGAUUUUUUUAAAAUAAAAGCAGAAAAGUGUCCAACAUGGA